GCUCCUCUCCUUUCCAGGUGGUCAUAGGUGACAAGGUUGUUCUGAACCCCGUCAAUGCUGGUCAGCCCCUACAUGCCAGCAGCCACCAGCUGGUAGAUAACCCAGGCUGCAAUGAGGUCAAUUCUGUCAACUGCAACACAAGCUGGAAAAUAGUCCUUUUCAUGAAAUGGAGCGAUAACAAAGAUGACAUAUUGAAGGGGGGUGACGUGGUGAGGCUGUUCCAUGCUGAGCAGGAGAAGUUUCUCACCUGUGACGAGCACCGGAAGAAGCAGCAUGUCUUCCUGAGAACCACCGGCCGGCAGUCGGCCACAUCUGCCACUAGUUCCAAAGCCCUGUGGGAGGUGGAGGUAGUCCAACAUGACCCGUGUCGGGGUGGAGCUGGCUACUGGAACAGCCUCUUCCGUUUCAAGCAUUUGGCUACAGGGCAUUACUUAGCAGCAGAGGUAGACCCUGACUUUGAGGAAGAAUGCCUGGAGUUUCAGCCCUCAGUGGACCCUGAUCAGGACGCAUCUCGAAGUAGGUUGCGAAAUGCCCAAGAAAAGAUGGUGUACUCCCUGGUCUCCGUGCCCGAAGGCAAUGACAUCUCCUCCAUUUUUGAGCUAGAUCCCACCACCCUCCGUGGAGGUGACAGCCUUGUCCCAAGGAACUCUUAUGUUCGGCUCAGACACCUAUGCACUAACACCUGGGUUCACAGCACAAAUAUUCCUAUUGACAAGGAAGAAGAAAAGCCCGUGAUGCUAAAAAUUGGCACAUCUCCCGUGAAGGAGGAUAAGGAAGCAUUUGCCAUAGUUCCAGUUUCUCCUGCUGAAGUUCGGGACCUCGACUUUGCCAAUGAUGCCAGCAAGGUGCUGGGCUCCAUUGCUGGGAAGCUAGAAAAAGGCACCAUCACCCAGAAUGAAAGAAGGUCUGUAACCAAGCUGCUGGAAGACUUGGUGUAUUUUGUCACCGGUGGAACUAACUCUGGUCAAGACGUGCUUGAAGUGGUCUUCUCCAAGCCCAACAGAGAACGGCAGAAGCUGAUGAGAGAACAGAAUAUUCUCAAGCAGAUCUUCAAGUUGUUACAGGCCCCAUUCACAGACUGUGGCGAUGGCCCGAUGCUGCGGCUGGAGGAGCUCGGGGACCAGCGGCAUGCUCCUUUCAGACAUAUCUGCCGGCUCUGCUACAGGGUCCUGAGACACUCACAGCAAGACUACAGGAAGAACCAGGAGUAUAUAGCCAAGCAGUUUGGCUUCAUGCAGAAGCAGAUUGGCUAUGAUGUAUUGGCCGAAGACACUAUCACUGCCCUUCUCCACAAUAAUCGAAAACUUCUGGAAAAACACAUCACUGCAGCAGAGAUCGACACAUUUGUCAGUCUGGUGCGAAAGAACAGGGAGCCCAGAUUCUUAGAUUACCUCUCCGACCUUUGUGUCUCCAUGAACAAAUCGAUUCCGGUGACCCAGGAACUGAUAUGUAAAGCUGUGCUGAAUCCCACCAACGCCGAUAUCCUGAUAGAGACCAAGUUGGUUCUUUCUCGUUUUGAGUUUGAAGGUGUCUCUACUGGAGAGAAUGCUCUGGAAGCAGGAGAGGAUGAGGAAGAGGUGUGGCUAUUCUGGAGGGACAGCAACAAAGAGAUUCGCAGUAAGAGCGUCCGGGAAUUGGCUCAGGAUGCUAAAGAAGGACAGAAGGAAGACCGAGAUGUUCUCAGCUACUACAGGUAUCAGCUGAACCUCUUUGCGAGGAUGUGUCUGGACCGCCAGUACCUAGCCAUCAACGAAAUAUCAGGGCAGCUGGAUGUGGAUCUCAUUCUCCGCUGCAUGUCUGAUGAGAACCUGCCCUAUGACCUGAGGGCGUCCUUCUGCCGCCUCAUGCUUCACAUGCACGUGGACAGAGACCCCCAGGAGCAAGUCACUCCUGUGAAAUACGCCCGCCUCUGGUCGGAGAUUCCCUCAGAGAUCGCCAUUGAUGACUAUGAUAGCAGUGGAACUUCCAAAGAUGAAAUUAAGGAGAGGUUUGCUCAGACCAUGGAAUUUGUGGAGGAGUAUUUAAGAGAUGUGGUUUGUCAGAGGUUUCCUUUCUCAGAUAAGGAGAAAAAUAAGCUUACGUUUGAGGUUGUAAAUUUAGCUAGGAAUCUCAUAUACUUUGGUUUCUACAACUUCUCUGACCUCCUACGAUUAACCAAGAUCCUCUUGGCCAUAUUGGACUGCGUGCAUGUGACGACAAUCUUCCCCAUUAGCAAGAUGGCAAAAGGAGAAGAGAAUAAAGGCAGUAACGUGAUGAGGUCUAUCCAUGGAGUCGGGGAGCUGAUGACUCAGGUGGUGCUCCGGGGAGGAGGCUUUUUGCCCAUGACCCCCAUGGCUGCCGCCCCCGAAGGCAGCGUGAAGCAGGCAGAGCCAGAGAAGGAGGACAUCCUGGUCAUGGACACCAAGCUGAAGAUCAUUGAAAUACUCCAG